UGAGUUGCCGUAGUGCGUCACAUGUUGACGAAGUGUGCUAGCUGCUGAUGCUACUGAUAUCUUGACAACAUUUAGAAAGUCAAGGGAAAACACAGAAUUUUGGGGGGGAGGGUAAAUUAUAUGUUGAUAUAUAUGCGCUUUUUUUUGCGCCGACAUGCCUCAAUGUCUUCGUGUGUAGUUGUAUAAAAGACAUCUCGUAAUUUACAUGUUUAAAUGACAGGCUACUGUAGCUAGCGUGCUCGUUAGCUCUAACUGUUGGCUUCAGGUGAGCUAACAUAGUCACCACAGGAGCUUAAAUAAAGAGAGCUCCAGAUGCGGCUAAAGGACCCCUUCUCCUUGAAAGCCGCCGAUAUGACUAAGCGGACUAAUAAACCGAGGAAACCUCGAGAUGAGGAGUCAUCAGAUGAAGUCAGUGGGUUGACUUGCCAGCAUGUGAGCAAGGCAGUGGACCUGAACUCUGUGAAGAAAUCAGUUUUGUCCAACAUGUGGCUUGUUUGCUCUGAAUGCCUAAAGGAGAGGACCAUGAUCGAUGGAGAGCCAGCAGCAUCCAAUGACAUCCUGGUGUGCUUAAAGUGUGGUACCCAGGGCUGUAACCAGUCCGGGAUCCAGCACGCUGUCAAGCACCAUCAAGCUUUCCAUCCAGAGUCUCACUGCAUCACCAUCAGCUUAAGCACAUGGAAGGCUUGGUGUUUUGAAUGUAACGAGGAGCUUUCCACUCACUGCAACAAGAAGGCUUUGGCUCAGACCCUGGACUUUUUACAAAAACAAUCUGUCAAGGCGACAUCAGGUGCAUCACCUAAGAUCAUCAAGCUGCAAGAAGAACCAUCAGACAACACUGACUCAGCCAAAGGCAAAAGUCUGGUCAUUAACAGCACCCUGGUCCCUGUCAAAGGCAUUAACAACCUCGGCAACACCUGCUUCUUCAAUGCUGUAAUGCAGAACCUGUCUCAGACACACAUGCUCAUCGACCUCAUCCAGGAAGUGAAGGAGAAGGGCUACAAACUGAGGAUCUGCCCCCCUGUCGAGACAAAUCUGACUCCAUUGAUGGUUUCACUGUCCAGUCCUGAGCCGCUGACCGCGGCCAUGUUUCUUUUCCUACAGAGCAUGAAAGAGCCAGGGAAAAGCCCACUCAGUCCCAAAAUUCUCUUCAACCAGCUCUGCCAGAAGGCUCCACGCUUCAAGGGAUACCAACAACAAGACAGCCAGGAGCUCCUGCACUACUUACUGGACUCCAUACGAGUUGAGGAAACUAAAAGAGUGAAAGCAGGAAUUUUGAAGGCUUUCAAUAAUCCCACGGAGAAGACCGCAGACGAGGACACCAAACGUCAAGUCAAAGCGUACGGAAAGGAGGGUGUGAGGAUGAACUUUGUGGACCGCAUCUUCGUAGGCGAGCUGACCAGCACAAUAAUGUGUGAAGAGUGUGAGCAUAUCUCCACAGUGAAGGAGGCUUUCAUAGACAUUUCUUUACCCAUCAUAGAGGAGAGGAUAUCGAAACCAUCCAACCCUGGCAGACUGGGGAAGGGCAGCCGGGAGCAGGACAUCCACAUGCCUCACAGCGACCAGGUUCUUUCUGCAGCCCAUCCUGUCAACAGAAACAAUAGGAAGCUAAGUGGACAGAAGCAGCAGAGCAGGAGGUCCUCAAGCUCUGUGGAGGAGAAGGGAGCCGGCUGCGGUGUGGAGCGGCCAGAGGAGGAGGGUGUAGCUGGUGGAUCAGCCCGUGGUGUCUCAGUUUGCAAGAUGGCUGUUGCUGGCAGCCUAUCAGAUGGCAGUGAAAGAGACUCUGGUGCACAGGACAGCAGUAAUGACGCUGAUAGUGAGGCCUCAGAGAGCGAGUGGGCCCCGCGCAUCUCCUCCUCAGGCCACAGCCACGGGCACAUGUCCACUUCUACUCUCACUCCAUCUCCCACGCCUGUCUCUGUCUCUGCCUCCUCCUCAUCUUUAUCAUCGUCAACGAGGCAAGGUGGUGCUGUGGAGCAGCUAGUUACUGCAGUGUCUAAAGUGAACCUCGGGUUCACUUCUGGCGACUGCUCUCCUUCCACUCACUGUUCUCAGGAGGAGCUGGGAGAGACACAGACACGAGAUAACCUCCAUCAUCAACACCACCAGGGAGCCUUUCAGGUGUUGUCCCACAGUUACACGCCCAGCUCCAAGGAGUGCUCCAUCCAGUCCUGCCUUCAUCAGUUCACCUCUGUGGAGCUGCUAAUGGGCAACAACAAGCUGCUGUGUGAGAGCUGCACUGAACGCAGACAAAAACAGCUGCGCAAGAGCAGCUCUGCAGACAAGAAAGUGGAAAAAAUGUACACCAGCGCGAGGAAGCAAAUGCUGAUCACCUCGCUGCCUCCUGUCAUCACAUUACAUCUUAAACGCUUCCAUCAGGCAGGAAUGAACUUAAGAAAAGUGAACCGCCAUGUUGACUUUCCACUCAUCUUGGAUCUGGCUCCAUUCUGCUCAGCAUCCUGCAAGAAUCUGGCUGCGGGUGAGCGUGUCCUCUACAGCCUGUACGGGAUUGUUGAGCACAGUGGCUCAAUGCGGGGCGGACACUACACUGCGUAUGUAAAAGUGCGCUCUCCCCAGAGGAAAACAGAACAGCACCACAGGAACCUGUCGGGUCAAGCUGCGCGUGAUAUAGGGAGCAGCCCCCAGGGUCAGUGGGUGUACAUCAGUGAUACCACGGUUCAGACGGUACCAGAGUCCAGGGUACUUAAUUCUCAGGCAUACCUGCUCUUCUAUGAGGAAAUGCUGUAAUGUGACUAAAGUAUUUUUUCCUAUACAUCUGUUUUGCCUUGUUUUGUUUUGGCACAUGCCUGUACUGCUCCUCUCAUUGGAUCUGUGAGUCGGUGGAAAAGGGAAAGAUGACACUCACUUUCCUUACAUGAGAGGAAUGAACGUUUUCUUUUGCAUAGGAAUUGAAUUAUAAUUUACUCCUCUAAAUAUAUGAUAUGUAAAAGGCAAAUAUCAAAGCAAUUAUUUUUCUGAUUUGUUGAAGCCCAGAUCUUUGUUUUAUUUUUUGUUUUUUUUUAAAUCCUUCCCUUUAAAAGAGGGCUAGAGAAAGGAGAGUUAUCUCCUGCUGUCACGAUCACGUGCCUGAGAUAUGAACUGCAUGAGGGAGUUUGCUACAGUAAUUAACAGGAAACAAGUGGAAUUAUUGCAUGUUUAAACUGUGCUCAGCACUGACUAGUUGAUGUCAAUUGUGUGUGUGUGUGUGUGUGUGUGUGUGUGUGUGUGUGUGUGUGUGUGUGUGUGUGUGUGUGUGUGUGUGUGUGUGUGUGUGUGUGUGUGUGUGUGUGUGUGUGUGUGUGUGUGUGUGUGUGUGUGUGUGUGUGUGUGUGUGUGUGUGUGUGUGUGUGUGUGUGUGUGUGUGUGUGUGUGUGCACACAUGUUUAAGUGAAAGAAUGAGUGAGAGACAGGAGAAUGUAGAUUUAAGGUGCUAUGUGUAUCACUUGUACAUCAGUUAACCAUUGAUUAGCACACUAAACUUUAAGGAGUAUGGUUGUAAGACUUAGUUACAUAAACCCUAUCGUGAUGCAGAUCUGCGUCUCACAUGCGGCUCACAUUUGUUGAAAAGUGAGCUUGACGAUGGCAGACGAGAGAUCGUAAGAAACGCAGAGAGAAUAAUGAACUCAGACAUGUUAGUCUUUUUUCAGUAAACAGUAUGAUGCAUGAGGAAAAGUAGCCGUGUCAGUUGUGACAGAGUGGUUCAAAUGUUUGAGAAAAAUGAGCACCAUGUGGUGUUAAAAAGAGAUUAAUCUUUGUCCUAUUUAUUUAUAAUGACAUUUACAUACUGGUUUGAAAUGAGACACAGAGCACCUUAAAGGAAUAGCACAACUGUUCAGUUAUAGCCUACUUUGAGAGGAUUGUUCUUUUCUAUAUCAGAAUGUAUACCUGUAAGACUAUCAGUGAAUUUCAUUUGCCAAAGACAAGUUUUGUAACUGCAAGUCAGAGCAGAAGUUCCAAACCGACAACAAAUUGAGUUUUUUUCUUCACGCACACUUUCAUUCAUGUUUGUUCUCUCAAGGUCGUCUGUAAGUGUUGUUGCACAAACCAAUGGACUCAAUGUUUUUCAUACCAAGAAAGCACCCUGUCUGCCUUCGUUGUAAUUUAGCUCUACGGUAACUUUUAGCAGACGCGCAUACAGAUCUAUUAAGAUGUCCAACAAAGAGCCACAGAGUGACUCUAAAUUCCUCAAACUCAAGGGCUCUAAGCCUGACUCCCAAAACUUUUUUUUUUGUCAUGUGCAUGGGUUGAAUCUUCUAAUGGUUGUAUUGCCUGUUCUUGAAAUGUCUGUCAAAUGAGCUCUUCAUCUUUUUUUCUGAAAGUAUUUUAAGUGAAAACAUUUUCUUUCUCAUUGGACAAUUGCCAAAAACACGUAGAAGGGAAAGCAUUGAACAUCCGAAUCUAGACGCUUUUUUUCUUUGCAGACGAGACGAGGAUAAAUACAGUGCCUGUACUUCAGGUUUGAGAAACCUAUGCAUGGUGAAAAGAAAAACGUAUGCAUAGAUAAAUGCAAAGAGGGAUAUGUGUGUAAUACUUCUAUACAGUAUGGUUUACUGUAAGCAGAGAGUAUAUGUAACUAUACAUACAAGAAACAAAACCAUGGUGCUUCAGGCGUGCAGGAUUUUCCUGAAGAAAAACAAACGUGAGUUUGGUUAGGAAGUGAUAAACAUUUGGAAUAACUACAUACUGUAUCAAAAUAAAUCUAAUUUAUGAACUGGA